GUCAAGUCUGGAAGAAACAGAAAGCCAGCUUUCUUGUAGUAUAAAACUACAGCACCCAGCUUCACGAUCCCUGGUAGCUAACCAGGAAUCAUCAGUACAGUCAACUGAUAAAACAAAAGAACUGGAAUCUGUGUCCAUAGGAAGUGCUUCAGACAACAUAAUCAGUCCUGAAGAUCCCUAUGUUUCCGCUGAUGCUCUUCUUAGUAGGAUAUCUCAUCCGCCUGCAGUAUGCGAUCAGCUUCAGUAUCUGGAGCCUGACUUAGCGGAAAAGAAUCCUCCAGUAUUUGCUCAGAAACUUCAGAUAAUUGCAAAGGAAAGGAUGAUUUCAGAAUGGAAAGAGAAAUAUGAAGAAAGUAGGAGGGAAGUUAUGGAAAUGAGGAAAAUUGUUUCAGAGUAUGAGAAGACAAUUGCUCAAAUGAUAGGUAGGUGUUGACUUUCAUGAAAAGAAAAUAUUCUUUUCUUAUUCUGUUACAGGGAAUAUACAAUAAUAGAAAAUUAGUCGUGCAAUGAUCAAAGAUUAUUUAAGGAACAGGUUUGAGAAUCACAAAACAUCUGUAGGUUACCUGGAAGUCUCCUUGGAAAUUACUGUUAUUUACUUGUUUACUUAAGCCCGUUCCAUUGCUUAACAAUAUUUCUUUUGGAGAAAACAUGCUCUAAUUCCUAGCUGUGUCUCAUGUUACAUGCAUGCAUUAAUUCAAUGUAGAAUUUCAUCUCAUCAUACGUAUUGUAACACUGUUCAUAUAAAAAAGUAAAGACAAGUAAAUGCCAGGAAAAACAUAUUUAUUUGAAAUCAGCCAAUUACGAAACAAACUUAAAUAUAUUAUAGUCACUGCUUUGAUGGCAGAUACCUACCAAAACAUUAAA